UAAUCUCGACGCUGUUUUGGACGGUUUUUUUUUUUUUAAAUUAUUAUUAAAAUCAUCUCUGUAAUUAGCUCUGAUUUUAGUUAAAAGUAAAGACUUGUUUUUUGUCGGUGUGUUUAAUGUGGUUGUGUAUAUUCUGCUUUAAAUAUCAAGAUGAAGAUAAGCUAAACGCUUGCUAGCCGAGCUAUUCGGCUGAAGUGGCUGGCUGCCAAAUGGGGCGCCAUUCGGUCAUAAAACAUUACGGUGUUUACACCUAAAUAUUGAUUAACCUAUUAUUAAACCAAGUCUGUGAGCAAGCGACGGUUAUUCGGAACCUUUUUGGCUAAUAGGACCAGACGGAUAGUUCGCUAAAUAAAGUUUAGCUUGCUAACAUUGUCCUUUAGCUAAACCUUAGCGACAUGCUGAGGUAAUUUUAUCUGGCUAGUAACUUAAUAUAUCCAAGACCAAGACAAAGAAAAGUCUAAAGACUGGAGUGCGUCUGGCUUGGUUACUAACUUUAUUAGUAUUUUUUAUUUGUUUAUGAUUACAUUGAGCUAUGAAAGUGCACUUUAGAUAGUGUAGUUUUGGGCAUUUGGUCAAGGGCAGAGAACAAAAGGAAGGUACAUUUUAUACUCUUUAAAUUCUUAUCUACAUAUAAAUUACAAACUCAUGAGCUUUUUAAAAUAAUUUUACAUGAUGUUUAAAUAAUUGGGGAGGUGUGCUGGUGUUUUAUCUUAUGAUUUCUAUAAUGUAUAAUUGAAGACAUUAUGAUGUUAUUACUAGGGGAGGGGGAGGGGGGCUUAGUGGUUAGCAUGUUUGCCUCGCACCCUCACGGUUGGAGGUUUGAAUCCUGUCUCCGCCUUGUGUGUGUGGUUUGCAUUCUCUCCCUGUGCUUCGGGGGUUUCCUCUGGGCACUCCAGUUUCCUCCCCUAGUCCAAUGACAUGCACUGUAGGCAGAUUUCCAAAUCGUCUGCAGUGUGUGAUUGUGCCCUGUGAUGGGAGUGUCCCCUGCCUUGUACCCAGAAUUCCCUGCGAUAGGCUCCAGGCUCCCCCGUGACCCUGUGUAGGAUAAGCCGGAUGGAAAACGGAUGGAUAUCAGCUUGACUUGUCAUUCUGGCUGAACUGUUAAUGUUACUGACAGGUCGACCGUUCCCACCAUGUUUAUCAGACUGAACACAACAAGGAAAGUUCCUUGCUGUCAGAUAUGGUGUGAUUGAAAGGCUAUCAAGAGAUACGAAUGGUGUCCUAUCAUAAGCCGUCUUCCGUGCUCAUUUUUUCAGACACGUCUUGAAGACCAUCUUCAAGAACGAGAGACCUCACUAUGAUGACGUCAGACGAGAUUAAGUGCGAGGACGCGGAACCCACGACGAGUUCCAGUAGUCCGGAGCAGUCGUCCGAACAACUGGAAAACGAAAUGCACAUCUGCUCACGGUGCGGGAAGAGCUUUCCGCACCUGAGUCACCUCCAGACGCACCAGUGCGUUCACGUAAAAGGCAAGCCGUACGAGUGCUCCGAGUGUGAGAAGUGUUUCAACGAUCGCAGUAGUCUCAUAAAGCACCUUCGGAUCCAUACGGGAGAGAAGCCGUAUCAGUGCUCCGAGUGCGGGAAGUGUUUUACCCAGAAGGGUCACAUCACGAAACACCUGCAGAUUCACACUCAGGAGAAGCCGUAUCACUGCUCACUUUGCGGUAAAAACUUUAAUUACCUCUGUAAUCUCCAGCGACACCAGCGCACUCACACAGGAGAGAGGCCGUAUCAGUGUUCGCAGUGCAAGAAGAGGUUCAGCGAGAAAGACGGUCUCAUAAGACACCAGCGCAUUCACACAGGAGAGAAGCCGUACGAGUGUUUGGAGUGUGGGAAGAGUUUUACCGAGAGAGGGAGUCUCUUGAAACACCAGAGAAUUCAUACGGGGGCAAAGCCAUUCGAGUGCUCGUACUGCGAAAUGAGUUUUACGCAAAGGUGCAAUCUCCAACAGCACGAGCGCAUUCACACGGGGGAUAAACCGUUUUACUGCCUCGAGUGUGGGAAGAGUUUUAAUCGGGAGACGGCUCUCCAAGUACACCAGUGCAGUCACACGGGCGAGAAGCCGUACCACUGCCCAGAGUGUGGGAAGAAUUUUAGCGACCAGAGUAAUCUCCGCCAGCACCGUCGCAUUCACUCAGGAGAGAAGCCGUACAUCUGCUCACACUGUGGGAAGGGUUUUACUCAGCACUGUCAUCUCCAAGUCCACCAGCGCAUUCACACCGGGGAGAGGCCGUACCAGUGCUCCCAGUGUGGGAAGACUUUCAUUCAGAAGAGUCAUCUCAAGCAACACCAGCGUGUUCACACGGGCGAAAAGCCGUAUCACUGCUUGCAUUGUGGGAGGAGUUUCGCUCAACAUGGUAAUUUCCAACAACACCAGCGGAUGCACACGGGAGAGAAGCCAUAUUGCUGCUCGCAGUGUGGGAAGAGUUUUAAUUAUUACUGUAAUCUCCGGCGACAUCAGCGCAUUCACACGGGAGAGAGGCCGUAUCGGUGUUCGCAGUGUGAGAAGAGUUUUAUUGACCGAGGUAGUCUGAUAAAACACCGGCGAACUCAUACAGGAGAGAAGCCGUAUCAGUGCUCACAGUGCGGGAUGAGUUUCAAUCAAAAGAUUCAUCUCAAGCGACACCAGCGCAUUCACACAGGAGAGAAGCCGUAUCAGUGUUCCCAGUGUGAGAAGAGUUUUAUUGAGAGUGGCCAUCUCGUAAAACACCAGCGAAGUCACACAGGAGAGAAGCCGUAUUUCUGUACAGACUGUGGAAAGAAUUUCACUAGUCAGAGUAGUCUCCAGCGACACCAACGCAUUCACACUGGAGAGAAGCCAUAUCACUGCUCACAGUGCGGGAAGAGAUUUAGUGACCAGACCAAUUUUAGGCGGCACAAGGAUCGUAUAGAGAUGGUGUUACUAGUGGUGUCCUGUCUUCUCCUGUUGUCCUCAUUCCUACACAUUACAUUUAUGUCUGCAAUAACAUCAAGGGAUCCAACGAGGAUGAAGACAGAUGAGGUUAAAUGUGAGAGUCUGGAUCCUACAGAGAGUUCCGGUAAUCACCAAAUGUCAUCUGUUCACACUAAUGUCUCUCUCAAACAAGAAAGUGGUGAAAUUCACCACUGUUCACAGUGUGGGAAGAGUUUCACGCGAAAGCAUAGUUUCAAAGAGCACCAGCGGAUUCACACAGGAGAGAAGCCGUAUCAGUGCUCGCAGUGUGGGAAGAGUUUCACUCGGAAGAACUGUCUCAUAAAACACCAACGAAUUCACACAGGAGAAAAGCCCUAUGAGUGCUCAGAGUGUGGGAAGAGCUUUAACAACCAGAGUGCUCUCCUUUCCCACCAGCGCAGUCACACAGGAGAGAAGCCGUAUUACUGCUCACAGUGUGGUAAAAGCUUUAAAUACCACCAUAAUUACCGGCGUCAUCAAAGGAUUCACACCGGAGAGAGGCCGUAUCUGUGUUCCCUCUGUGAAAAGAGCUUUAGUGAGAGUCGUACCCUCAAAGAACACCAGCGAAUUCAUACAGGAGAAAAACCAUACCGGUGCUCACAGUGUGAAAGGAGCUUCGCACAACGUAAUGCUCUCCGACAACACCUGAAUAUUCACACAGGAACUAAACCUUAUUCUUGCUCGGAGUGUGGGAAGAGUUUUAGACACAGGAUUUCUCUAACGUUACACCAACACGUUCACACAGGGCAGAAGCCGUGCCACUGCUCGCAGUGCGGGAAGAGUUUUAUCCACCUGUCUAAUCUCCAGGUACAUCUCCGCAUUCACACAGGAGAGAGACCCUUUCAGUGUCCUCAGUGUGAGAGGAGUUUUAGUGAGAGCAGCUGUCUCAUACAGCACCUGAGAAUCCAUACAGGAGAGAAGCCGUAUCGCUGCUCGGACUGCGGGAGGAGUUUUAGGCAAGGGAGCACUCUGAGAAACCACCGGCGCGUUCACACAGGAGAGAAGCCGUAUCAGUGCUCGGACUGUGAGAAGAGAUUUAGCAACCAGAGUUAUCUCCGAGUACACCAGCGCGUUCACACGGGAGAGAAGCCGUAUCGGUGCUCGGAAUGUGGGAAGAGUUAUACUCGCCAACAUAAUCUGCAAAAACACCAGCGCGUUCACACAGGAGAGAAGCCGACAGUGUUGGACGAAGCGUAUUCCUGUUUCAGGUGUUCUCCUGCUGUCUUCUGUUUUUCACAUCUCCAACUUAACUCUGCAAGAACAUCAAGAGAUCCAUCUAGGAUGAAAGUAGAUGAGAUUAAGUGUGAGACCGUGGAACCCACAGAGAGCUCCACUAGUCAACCGACGUCGUCCGGUACGUUCUACACGAACACCUUGAAUGCACCGGGGCAGAGAGAAAUUCACCAGUGCUCGCAUUGUGGGAAGAGCUUCACUCGGAAGAGUCAUCUCAAAGAACACCACCGGAUUCACACAGGAGAGAAGCCGUAUCUGUGCCCACGGUGCGGGAAGAGUUUCUCUGUAAAGAGUAAUCUCGAACAACACCAGCAGAUCCACACCGGGGAGAAGCCGUACCUCUGCUCGCACUGUGGGAAGAGUUUCACUCAAAAGAGUACUCUGAAAAAACACCAACGCAUUCACACAGGAGAGAAGCCGUAUCAGUGUCCACAGUGCGGGAAGAGCUUUAUCGAGAGAGGGAACCUCAUAAAACACGAGAGGAUUCAUACAGGAGAGAAGCCGUAUCGCUGCUCACACUGCGGGACGAGUUUUACAGAAAGGAGCGCUCUCCAACAACACCUGCGCAUUCACACGGGGGAUAAACCGUAUCGCUGCUUAGACUGUGGGAAGAGUUUCAAUCGAGGGAAUACUCUCCAAGUGCACCAGCGUGUUCACACGGGAGAGAAGCCGUAUCACUGCUCGCAGUGUGGGAAGAAUUUUACUCGACAGAGUAGUCUCCAAGUACACCAGCGCAUUCACACGGGGGAGAAGCCUUACUACUGCUCGGAGUGUGGGAAGAGCUUUAGGGACCAUAAAAAUUUUCAGCGUCACCAGCGCGUCCACACGGGCGAGAAGCCGUACUUCUGCUCAGAGUGCGGGAAGAGUUUCAGCGACCAGAGGAAUUUUCAGCGACACAAGCACAUACACGCAACCGAGAACGAGGACAUUUUGCGGUUCUAAUGAGUUUUUUCGGGGUCAAAUGGUGACCUUGAACCCCUUUGUAUUGAAUAUGUUUAAUUCUGCCGCUUGUGGAGAGUUUUGUCUGUGGGAAGUUUGACGAAUAAGCGUUUGGUUUUGACAGGCAAUUUUUAAAAUAGAAAAAUCGAGCAUACUUUUGGUAAUUGUUGAAACAUUUGCAAUGUCGUACUAAUAUUUAUAUAAAAACAUACAUACGGUUAGGUCAAUUUAGUUUUUAAGUUUUCUUCAUCCACGGUCAUAAAAAUGGUCAUGUGGGGCAACUGUGGUUUUCCCUUCAAAUAAUAUAUUAUCCUUUAUAUAAUAUGUAAUCCUUAAUGUUUAAAGGUGAAAAGUAUUACAAGUACAGUAAUGUCUGUAUAAAACAUGCAUACAUAUGUAAUGAAUUUCUUUUGAGUCUGCGAAUGAUCAUAUUUACGUCUGUUUUAUGACCAUGCCCUGCCGGCGAAUACGGUUUCCUGACUUGUUUUUAAAUUUAAACACAAAACUGCUUAAAAUGUAAAAACUAUUAAAGGUUAACAUUCACUUGA